AUGUUGCGCCGCCUUCUGCACGCGCGCCGCCCUCUCGCACGCCUCUACUCGAAGCACCUCGGCGUGCUGCCCGAGGUCCCGCCCGAGUGCCUCCAGGCGCGGACGCCGACGCUGGACGUGCCGCCGAUGCUGCACUCGUUCACGGAGAUGUUCCGCAGCAUGUCGCCGUACAUCAAUGUCCACCGGGGCACGAAGGUCGUCAUCCACCUCUGCGGUGCGCUUCUGGCGUCGCCCAACUUUGUCGCGACGAUGCAGGACAUUGCACUCCUCAACUCGUUUGGCAUUCAGAUCGUGCUCGUCGCCGGCGCCCGGCAGCAGAUUGACGACCGCCUCGCAGCGCGUGGGAUCGACAACAUUAUGCACAAGGGCUGGCGCGUCACGGGCCCAGACGUCUUGACCGUAGCCAUGGAGGCAGCGGGGUCGGUUCGGUUCCAGAUCGAGUCGGCGCUGGGUCGAGGUAUCGUCAACGCGCCAGGCGACAAGCAAGCCAUCAACAUUGCGAGUGGCAACUACGUCUUGUCACAGCCGCUCGGUGUUCGUGGCGGCGUCGACUACAAGUACACGGGUGAGGUGCGCCGUGUGAACGAGCCCAAGAUGGUCAAGGCGCUCGACAGCGGCGACAUUGUACUGCUCUCCAACAUUGCCUACAGUGCGAGCGGCGAGGUCUUCAACUGCUCGUCCGAGCAGAUUGCAGCCAAGUGUGCGAUGCAGCUCCAAUGCGACAAGCUCAUCUUCAUGCACGACGGCGAAGAGCUCGUGGACGUCCGAACGCAAAAGGUCGUGCAGUCGCUGCUGUUGCGCCAGGCCCAGCAGUACCUCGAGCUUACGGCAUGCGAUACGAGUGUGAGCCCCAAUUUCCGCCUCUAUUUGCGCUACGCAAUGAAGGCGUGCAUGGGCGGUGUCAAACGCGCGCACCUCGUGAGCCGCCACCGCAAUGGCGCGCUCUUGCAGGAGCUCUUCUCGCGGGACGGCGACGGCCUCAUGCUCUCGCGGGACCUCUACGAAGGCGUGCGCAUGGCCAAAACCAGCGACAUUCCCAGCAUCAUGCGGCUCAUCCAGCCGCUGCUCGACCAAGACAUCCUCGUCUCCCGUACACAAGAGCAGAUCGAAUCCAACGUGCACAUGUUUACAAUCGUCGAGCGCGACGGCGCCAUCAUCGCCUGCGCCGCGCUGCAGCCAUAUGAAAACAACUUUGCGGAAAUGAACUGCGUUGCGGUCGACCCAGCCUACCGCAAGCUCGGCAAGGGCAACGCACUACUUGGCUACAUUCUUCGCAAGUCGCAGGCCAUGGGCGUCAAGACGCUUUUUGUGCUCACGACGCGCACGUCGCACUGGUUCAUGGAGCGCGGAUUUGUCGAGGCGCAGGUCGAGGACCUCCCGCCGUCCAAGCAAGCGAGUAUCAACCGCUCCCGGCAGUCCAAGGUAUACACGAUGGACAUUAGCGGCACGCGCGCGGUCGAAGAGAAGGAGCUGCUCCUGCGGCUUUAA